GGAACACUGCACACGGUACCGGUCGCCAUCGAAGCUGGGUUCACGGAGGACACACUGUGGCCUGAAAAAAUUUUGCUGGUUUAAAAAGAAAUAGACCGUUCCCAGGUCCUGAUCGGCUCUUCCCAACCUUAGAGAAGCCAUGGGAGUCUGCCGCAUCCAGUAUGUCCUGCUCAUCUUUCUUCUAAUCGCCUCACGUUGGACUCUGGUUCAAAAUACCUACUGCCAGGUGAGUCAAACCCUGAGUCUGGAAGACGAUCCAGGCCGUACCUUUAACUGGACUUCAAAGGCUGAGCAGUGUAAUCCAGGAGAACUUUGCCAAGAAACGGUCCUGUUGAUUAAAGCAGAUGGAACCAGGACCGUCGUUUUGGCCAGUAAGAGCUGUGUGUCUCAAGGAGGAGAGGCGGUGACUUUCAUCCAGUAUACCGCACCUCCUGGCCUGGUUGCCAUCUCUUACAGUAACUACUGUAAUGAUUCCCUCUGCAACAACAAAGACAGCCUAGCGACAGUCUGGCGAGUACCAGAGACCACAGCAACCUCCAACAUGUCAGGAACCCGCCACUGCCCAACAUGUGUGGCCCUGGGGUCCUGUUCCAGUGCCCCCUCUAUGCCCUGUGCCAAUGGCACAACUCAGUGCUAUCAAGGAAGACUUGAAUUCUCUGGAGGAGGCAUGGACUCCACCGUGCAAGUUAAAGGCUGCACCACUACGAUCGGCUGCAGACUGAUGGCCAUGAUAGACUCAGUGGGACCCAUGACAGUGAAGGAGACCUGUAGUUACCAGUCAUUCCUUCAGCCCCGGAAGGCAGAAAUCGGGGCCUCUGAGAUGCCCACUUCACUGUGGGUGCUGGAGCUACUGUUUCCGUUACUGCUGCUCCCCCUCACCCACUUCCCUUGAAGAGGACACUGGGGGUCAGGGGAGGCCUUGGUCCUAGACACUGGGACUUUGCCUAGGAGGGAGCCUUCCGUCUGCUGAUACCAACUGGAAGAAAUGGGGAUGGGGUGUGAAGAACAGAGAAAGAGGAUGCAUGUGUAUUUGACACAAAUAAUAAAAUUAGUGAUUUGCUA